ACCACCACCAUCACCACCGCCACUACACUCAUGGCCAACAUUGAUAUUGCCCGUUUACCAGCACCCUCAAUGGCUUCGUUUGAACUGCAGUCUUCGCUCCUCCACCCACAUCCCCUGGCCGUCUCGCACGCCCUGUCGGCCAUUGAGACGUGCGCGCUCUUAUUUGAUGUGUAUGACCUGGCCUGGAAGACGCUCUGCCACAUCCACGCCUCGUCGUCCAUGGCUCGACGCUCCCAGCUCGACUCGGCCAUGCAAGACGAGGGCUGCCAGCGAGGGCCGCCCCAGCCAGAUCCAGAGCCGGCAGCACCACCCAUCAUCAUCCUAGCCCAAAGCGGUAACCCACCAGCAGCGCAGCCUAGACGCGCCGUCCAGGAACCACGCCCUGCCCAACCGGGUUUGGCGCCUCGCCAACCUACGUCAUCCCUGUCG